AUGGACGAAUUUAACGAAUCGUUGGAAGGAUUGGAGGGAAAAAUAAUCGAGUACGAAAAACAGCUAGCCUUGGUAAGAGAUGAAAUAAAAAAAUAUGAACAUGCAGACGGAGAAGAAGAUGAACAAAUUAAGAAUCUGAAGAAGCUAGAAUGUGAUAUGUUAGAAGUGAUCAACUUGACUCUUGAUUUGAUUAAUUACAAGAAGCAAAAUGAGGAGAAUGAUAACGUGAAUGACGGCGCGAAUGAUGACUCGAAUGAUGAUGCUAACAGAGGGCAUCAAGAUAAAGAACCCAUUGAAAACAAAAAUGAAAAUGUCACAAAUGAAUCAAGUGAUGUUAUUGGUAGAACAUGUAGCUUCAUUUAUGAAAAUAAAAAAGUUUAUGGAUUGAUUGAGAAUGUUGUUACAGAAAAUAACAUUCAGCAGUUAUUAAUAAAUAUAUAUGAAAACAACGAUCAAAUUAUGAUACCACAAAAAUAUGUUCUACUGAAUGAAGUGCUAAGUGAGUCUGCACUCACAGGAAACAAUCAGUUCCAAGCACUCUACAAGAAAGACGGAUUAUGGUACGAUUGUGUAAUCUCUAAGAGCAAAGGAGAUUCAUAUCUCGUCACAUAUAUCGGUUACAACAACAGCGAAUAUGUAAAGAACGAUCAGGUGAGAAUAAAAAAAAAAAAAAAAGUGAAAGAAAUAAUUACCCCGGCAGGAUACAAAAUCCCUGAAAAUUUAAUCAUAAAAGAAAAUGAUUCAUUGAAAGUUCAGAUGAAAAAAAAAAAAAAAAGAAUAGCUUUAAAAAAAAAACAAAAAAGUGAACUCACAAAUAAGGAAUAUGCAAAUAAAACACAACAAUGGAGAUCCUUUCACGAAAAGGCCGUAAGCAAAAGUAAGCAUCUACUAGUGGCUCAUAAAAAGGUGGAAAAUAUUGAGUAUAAAAACCCCCCAUCAAGCUUUUCGAUUCGUAGGAAAUUCGACUGUAAUGAUAAUGACGAUUAA